AACAGGGGCACGCCGACGACGUAUAGCGGUGCAGUGACGCUGCGCAAGCGCAAAAACAAGAACGUGUUUGAUCUCGACACGGUGCGGCUGAUGCCGCACCCGCCGCUGCAGAUCGAGUCCGAGGCGAUGGCGAAACACUUCGCGGCUACGUACGCGCUCUUCCGCUUCUGCUCGCACCUCCCGAUGGCGAUGACGCUGCCGCCGGCGAUCCGGCCGUACUGGUCCGAGCUGAUGGCGGAGAAAGCGUCGGCGCCGGCGCACCGCGAGUGGGAGUGGAACGCGGACCCCUUCGCGGCGAAGAAGGAGGUGGAGGAGCGGCAGAACAAGCGGGCGGAGAAAGAGCGCGCGAUGAUGAAGCGGUUCCCGAGCGCGGUGAUGGACGCGACGCGAGACAUGGGCGGGAGCGGAGCGACGACGCCGAGCGGCGCCGCGACGCCUGCGACGCCCGCGCUCGACUUGCAGAGCGUCAAGAAACAGCUCGAUACACUCGGAUUCCGCCCCGCGCACGUCGCGAGCUGCCUCUCGGCCCUCGCGGCGGCGCACGCACGCUUGCACUCGGGCGCCGGCGGCAGCUCGGACCCCCUUGUUCUCAGCCUCAACUUGCUGUCGCCGCUUGAAGCCGCCAUCGAGUGGCUCCUCCUCCACCUCCCCGAGGACGAUUUGCCGGCGCGGUAUCGCCCCGGCUCCUCCGGCACCGACAUGGUCACGGGCGCCAGCGUGGGCGGGCAGGAGCAGCUCGUGCGCGGCUGGCUGGUGGACAAGCUUGUGCGGGAUGCGGGUUUUCCCAGGAAAGCGGUGGAGGGCGUGCUGAGCGCUGAGGGGCGCGAGUCGCUCGCGCUCGAGAUGCUUGGUCGCCGGUUGUGUGGGUGGCAUGGCACGGAUGGCGGGUGGGGCGACGCGGAGGUCAUCCCGGCCGAGGAGGACGAGGAGCGGCAAGUGGGGCGCGACGAGGAGAUGCUCGCGCUCGAAGCUGUGUUGGGCGAGCGCUUCCGUCGCGUCUCGGGCGAGGGCGGCGCGGGGGACGAGAUCGCCGUCGACAUCGAGGCCGGCAAGGAGCGGCUAACACUGCACGUCGUGCUCGACGCGUACUCGCCAUACCCGUCGCCGCAGUAUCCGCAGCGCGCCCCUGCCUUCUAUCUCUCUUCGACGACUUUGCCGGCAUACAUGCGCCUGCACUUGCACGCGGACAUGUUGCGCGCGUUCCGCGACCCGGAGCGGCAUGACCUCGUGGCUGUACUCGAGGCGGGUAUGGGCGGCGUGGUGCUCAGCAUCGCCGAGCAUCUGGAAACAGCGCUUCCAGGGGUAGUCGAGCACCCGCCAGACAUCGCGCAGGUGACCAAGCAUCUCGUGCCGCAUGUCGAGGAGGAGGAGGAGGAGGCGCCCGUGCUGCGCGCGGCGCGCAAAGCCGCCCGGUCUCGCGCCCCACGGAAACGCAGAGAGCCCACAGCAGCCGAGCACGAGGCGGUUGCGCGCGCGCACGCCUGCCUCCUCGCUAACCCAGCGUAUGCGCCCAUGCUUGCGGAGCGGCAGAAGCUGCCGGCAUGGAAGUCGCGCGAAGAGAUCUGCGGUGCGCUCGACGCGAGCCGCGUGCUCGUUGUCGUAGGCGAAACGGGAUGCGGCAAGAGUACGCAGCUCCCACAAUUCAUCCUCGACCACGAGAUCGCCGCAGGUCGUGGCGCAAGCACGAAUAUCAUCGUCACGCAGCCACGGCGUGUCGCGGCUAUGGGUGUUGCGUCGCGCGUCGCGCAGGAGCGGCUCGAGGACGUCGACACGAAGCCAGAGACCGUCGGAUACAGCAUCCGCGGCGAGCACCGCUCGGGGCGCGAUACGCGCGUGCUCUUCUGCACUACUGGUGUCGUCCUUCGCCGCCUGGGGACCGGGGAUACAGACCUCGCGGACGUAUCGCAUGUCAUCGUGGACGAGGCGCACGAGCGCGGCGUCGACACCGACCUCCUCAUCUGCCUCCUCCGCGACCUGCUCGCGCGCAACAAGCACAUUAAGGUCGUGCUCAUGUCGGCCACUAUCAACCAGCAGAUCUUCAUCGAUUACUUUGGCGGUUGUCCCGCACUCACCAUCCCCGGAUUUACAUAUCCUGUGAAGGACUACUAUCUCGAGGACGUGGUGCCCAAUCUGUCUUACCGGCCGACCCCGAGCCGCUUCGGGCCCAAGCUCAGCGAGGAGCAGAAGGCGGCAAUGCGCGCCGACUACGAGAAGCUCGGACUCGCGACUGAGGAUGUGCGCACCCUCGAGGUCAUCUCGCAGGCCGACCGUAUCGACUACGGCCUCGUGGCGGCGACGGUCAAGCAUAUCGUCGACACGGCAGAGUGUAAUGGCGCCGUGCUCAUUUUCAUGCCUGGUGUAAUGGAGAUCCGGCAGUGUAUCCAAGAACUGCAGGCGACUGCGCUGGGUUCGGUCGAGAUUCUCCCGCUCCACGCCAACCUGUCGUCGGCCGAGCAGCGGCGUGUGUUCCCUUCGACGGCUCCGCGGCGCAAGAUCGUCGUCGCGACCAACGUCGCGGAAACGUCGGUGACCAUCCCGGACGUGGUGUAUGUCGUCGACACUGGUCGCGUCAAGGAGACGCAGUACGACGCGGACAACGGCCUGCAGCGCCUGGUGGAGUGCUGGACGUCGCGCGCGUCUGGGAGGCAGCGGCGUGGACGUGCCGGCCGUACCCAGCCAGGCCAGUGCUUCAAGCUGUACACGCGCCGGACGGAGAACAACAGCAUGCCGCGCUUCCCUGUGCCCGAGAUCCUGCGGACACCGCUCGAAGCGCUCUUCCUGCAGGUCAAGGCGAUGGACGAGGACACGGAUGUGCGCGCGUUCCUUGGUCGCGCGCUCGACCCACCCAAGAUGGACGCAAUCGACGCGGCGUGGCAGACGCUCGUGGAUCUCGGCGCCGUCGAAAGCGAGAAGCACACGGCGCGCCUCACCGCUAUGGGGCGGCACAUGGCCAUGAUCCCCGUCGACUUGCGGCUGAGCAAGAUGCUUGUGCUCGGCACGAUCUUCAAGGUCCUCGACCCUGUGCUGACUAUCGCGGCGCUGCUCAGCUCCAAGCCGCUAUUCACGUCUCCGCUUGACAGGCGGGAUGAGGCGAAGCGUGCGCGCGAAAGCUUUGCCACUGCGCGCUCCGACCUCCUCACAGAUGUAAAAGCUUACGACGCAGUCUCCAAGCUGCGGGGCAGCGAGGCGCGCAAGUUUUGUGAAGCGAACUUCAUCUCGCCCAGCGCGCUGCGCGACAUAACCUCGCUACGGGGAGACUUUGCCGCUGCGCUUGCGCAGAUCGGCUUCCUCGAUCGCGGGGCGGCCGCGCUCGCGGCCGCAUCCACCAAUGCCGCCGACACGAACCUCGUCAAAGCCGUGCUCGUGGGCGGGCUGUAUCCGCGCGUCGCGCGCGUCGCCCUCCCCGAAGCGCAGUUUGAGCGCAUCUCGCACGGAACUGUACAGAAAGACCACGAGGCGCGCGAGGUCAAGUUCUUCGACGCGCGCGGCCGCGUCUUCCUGCACCCGGCGUCGGUGCUCUUUGGCGAGAGCGGGUGGAAGCGCGGCUUCGUGGCGUACUUCUCCAAGGCCGAGACGUCCAAGGUGUUCCUGCGCGACGCGACGGACGUGCCGCUCUACGCGCUGCUGCUGUUUGGCGGGCGCAUCACGCUCAACCACUACGUAGGGGGGAUCAUGCUCGGCGACGGCGCGGUCAAGCUGCGCGCGGCGACGCGCAUCGGCGUGCUCUGCGCCCAGUUGCGGCGUCUGCUUGACGCCCAGCUCGCCGAGCUGGUCGAGAGCCCGCACGGCGCCGCGGACGUGCGCGGCGACGUCACAGGCGCUAUGAUGGCACUAUUGGCGCGCGACGGGUUGACGCAGUAG